UAUAACUAGUAGGAGUACUAUAUAUACAUACCUUGCUGCUCUACAUAGAGAACAAAAAAUUGUAGAGAACAAGAGAGAGAAAAAAAUGGCAGAAGAUGGAAUAAGAAAGAAUGUAAUUGCAGUAGUUACUGGUGGUAACAAAGGCAUAGGAUAUGAGAUCUGUAAACAACUAAUGGAAAAAGGAGUUAUGGUUGUUUUAACAGCUAGGGAUGAGAAAAGAGGAGUAGAAGCUGUUGAAAAAUUGCAAUCAUCUCUUGUUGUGUUUCAUCAAGUUGAUGUUGUGGAUCCACAAAGUGUUUCUUCUUUGGUCAACUUCAUCAAAUCUAAUUAUGGAAAACUUGAUAUUCUGGUAAAUAACGCAGGAGUUAAUGGAUUAAUGGUAGAGGGGGAUGUUUCAAUCCUUCCUGAGAUGAUAGAACGAGAAGCUUUUCGAGGUGUCAGUGACACAACUGAGGAGAAUGAACUUCCAUCAAUAAAGUCAAAUGGAAAAUUGAUUGAGAAUUUUGAAAGGGCAGAAGAAUGUAUAAGAACUAAUUAUUAUGGAGCAAAAACAAUGGUUGAUGCCUUUAUUCCCCUACUACUCUUGUCUCCUUUACCAAGGAUUGUUAAUGUUUCUUCUUUGCUUGGAAAGAUAAAGCUAGUAUCAAAUGAAUGGGCCAUAAAGGCUUUAAGUGAUGAGAAAAAUCUUACAACAGAAAAAGUGGAUGAAAUAGUGAAUGAGUUUCUUUGGGCCUUCGAAGAGGGUGUAUUAGAAGAAAAAGGUUGGCCCAUUGAUCUUGCAGCUUAUAAAGUGUCAAAAGUGGCCAUGAAUGCACACACAAGAAUUGUGGCCCAAAAAUAUUCUUCUAUAUGUGUCAACUGCAUUUGUCCAGGCUUUGCUAAAACAGAUAUUACUUGUAAUACUGGGCCUAUGACUCCAGAAGAAGCUGCUAAAGGCACAAUAGGUCUGGCCCUUUUGCCUGAUGGUGGGCCUUCUGGUCAGUUCUUUUACAGGAAGAACAUUCCCAUAUCAUUCUGAAAAGCAAGAAAAGCACAAUUUGAUCGGAUUCAUAAUUCCCAAUGUCUUGGUCUUUACUUUCACUUCAACAGACAAACAUCGUAUCUAGAUAAGCGGCAUUUAAUUGAAUUGAUUCACCGAAUCUUCCAUUUACGAAAAUGGAAGAGAUGUGUUGUCAAAGUUACAUGGCAUGGACUUGUAAUAUUCUAUUUUAAAAUUUCAAAAUGGAUUUUACCA